GGAGCGUCAAGUGUGGUCUACCGUACUUCACCUGAACAGGUGGUUAAGUGCUGCAGGCCAGGAACACUUGGGGAGAUCGAGCAUGAACGCGACAUUCUGGAGCGGCUCGGAGAGCACCCUCUAAUCAUCAAGAAGUUUGAAAGGGAAGAUGCUGGCCAACUCAUUCUUCAGUACCAUCCUCGCGAACUACGUGACCUCUUGCUCUCCGGGACACACAUCCAUCUGGAGAAAUGGGCAUUACAAAUUACUGAAGCUCUAGCCCACGUCCACGCCCACGAUAUCAUAUACCGUAACUUCAACUUAAGCAAUAUUAGAAUACAGACGUCGCAAGAUAUCGUAUUGUGCGACUUUGCCGGUUCGUCAUUGGUCGGCCAUACACAGAUGGGAGUUAGAGCAGAAGUAAGGUUCUGCCGCCUGCCUUACCAUAGCAUGGCUACAGUCCAGGACGACCUCUUUUCGCUGGGCUCUGUUCUCUAUGAAUUGUCUACAGGAUCAGUGCCGUAUGCCACGCGCAAAGACAAGGAUGUCGUACGGCUAUAUGGCAUUAAGAAAUUCCCGCCAGUUUGCAACCUUCCCAUAGGGAAGAUUAUUACCAAGUAUUGGAAUGAGAGCUAUCAAAGUGCCAACGAGGUACUGCUUGACCUCGUAUGA